GGACCGUCGCAAGCAAAGUCGCGCCCAGCGAAACCAAGAAGAAGAGUCCGACUGAGAAAUUUGUGAAGUUCGCCAGACGAAAAAUUGAAGGGUCUUCUGCAAUUCGUGUGGUGCAUCACACACACAUAUACUAACCGUGGAUGUGAUUUCCUACGAGGGAGGCGAGUCGCGUCGUACCUCGGGAACGUCAAAUUUCCGUCUACUCAUGUUCCGGCACACCUUAAAUAGACAGUAUGACCCCCUCAACAACAGUCUAUUUUAUACGCUCGCCAAAGGCAGUGAAUCUUUGCUACAACGAAUGUCCCUUAUGCAAGUUAUGGACGUCCACCGGGGUUGUGUCAAUACUGUCGUAUGGGAUGAGCCAGGGAACCUUUUGCUCUCAGGAUCUGAUGACCAGAAUCUCGUCAUAUGUGACCCAUGGGAGCGAAUGACUAAAACACGGAUUCACACAGCUCAUCGAGCUAAUAUCUUCAGUGCAAAGUUUAUUCCACAAACUGCCAAUAGGAAAAUAAUUUCUUGUUCUGGUGAUGGUAUCUUGGUUUUCACAGAUCUGGAGCGUGAAGAGGAGACGCACGACUGCAAGUUCAAUUGUCAUGUUAGUACCUGCUAUGACAUAAUUACUGUACCUGAUGACCCUCACACAUUUCUUACCUGUGGAGAGGAUGGAACUGUUAGAUGGUUUGAUCUCCGUGUCAAGGAACAGUGCACGAUACGAAACUGUCAAGAAGAUGUUCUUUUGAAUAUGGGACGUGCAGUUACUGCUGUAGCAGUAAACCCCAUCACACCAUAUCAUUUAGCUGUAGCAACACAAGAUUCUACAAUACGAAUUUAUGAUCGCCGUAUACUAGGUACCAAAGCCACAGAUUCAUUCUUGGAGCAGUCCGAUCGAGCUCUUGUAAUGAAAUUGAAGCCUGACAACAUGGAGGGCAAGAAUCAUAGGGUCACCUCUCUGCGCUACAGCCAGGAUGGCCGAGAAGUCUUGGCAAGCUAUUCUUCAGAUUAUUUAUAUCUUUUUGAUACUGAAAACUUCAAAGAAGUUUCCUUAAAUGGUAUUGAAGACACCGAUGCUGAAUCUGAGACCGGACCGACCCUCAAACGCUUACGUCUUCGAGGGGAUUGGUCUGACACAGGCCCUCAGGCACUCCCAGAGAGUGAAAUGCGCAGUCAGGCUGGAGAUGUUGGCCAGGCAAGACCAACCUUACACGCGACAUUGAUGCAGAGGAUGACUGAUGUAUUAUCUCGAAUGUUGAAUGAUCCUAGUUCUCGAGCACCAGGCCAGCCUGGUGCACCAGACUUGGACUCCUCUCGAAAUCGUUCUGAUUCCGUAUCGGACAGUAUAAGUGAAAGAGACGUUGCUCAUAAUGAGACAGCAGAAGCUAAUCCUUCUGGGCCAUUGUUGACAGAAGAUCAGCCAUCUACAUCUGCUGCUUCUUUAAUAUCUCAAACUGGAGAAAGCUCAACAAAUUUGUCAGAGACCUCAACAGCUCCUUGUGCCCUUGGUGCUUCUUCCUCUGUAGCUGAGGACAACAAACCUUCAUUGUCAUGUGAUGUAGAAUCAUCAUCAGUAUUACAGCAAAAUGAAUCAGAUGAUUCACAAGCAAAACCAACGACUUCUAGAGCUGAAAGACAUCAACUCCCUGAUGAAGAAGGACCUUUUGAUGUAAUGGACCCCAGUAUAGAAGGUUUACAAGACAGAAUUUCUUCACUUCGACAAGGAUUUGUUGAAAAGCAUCAGGUAGAACCAUCUGUGAACCUUUCAUACUCAAGUCAAGGUGUUACAAGUAGCAUGAUAAGAAUUGGUGUUGGUGAUGAAGUUACACGUGACAGUAAUUCCUCAGACAUGAAAGAUGAUGUAGUUCCUUCAAGUUCAGAAUUAGAAGAGGGCAGAAAGAGCAAUUCCGAAGCAGUUCCAGAAUGUCGUGGAAAUAAGCACGAGUCCACGCUGCCGGAUCAAGCAUCUCGCUCAUCAUCAUCGACAUCGUUAUCUUCUUCCUCAUCUUCAUCAGUAUGUCAGCCAGCGGCUGUUAGGACACACACAAUAACUACAUCCAGUUCUAGUCCUGCAAUCUGUGAUAUGGAAGUGGGAUCUGAGAAUGUGACCACUGGGGCCUCAUCUAGUCAUGGAACGAGAGCAAGUGAAUUGAAUUUGGGACCUGCGAUAGAGUUUGGUGACGAUGACAGUGAUGAUGAAUCAACUGGUACUAGGAAUCAAAGACAUCAGAACCAUGCUGGGACAGGAGAUGAUGUAUCUGCUAGUGCUAGAAUGGCCAGUGCUAUAGAACGAGCUGCACAGCGCGUUCGAGGGGAACGAGCAAGUGGCAGCGGUGGAGAAGCUGAGAAAACAGUACCUCAAGCUGCUGUCAAGCAGUGUUAUAAAGGCCAUCGCAACGCAAGAACCAUGAUUAAAGAAGCAUGCUUUUGGGGAGAUACGCAUAUCAUGUCAGGGUCUGAUUGUGGUCGAGUAUUUGUCUGGGAGCGGAAAACUGGAAGGCUGGUAAUGCUGUGGGAAGCAGAUCGUCAUGUUGUUAAUUGUUUACAGCCACAUCCAACUCUGCCAGUUCUUGCUACAUCAGGCAUUGAUUACGAUCUGAAACUUUGGGCUCCAGUCUGUGAUGAAUCUCGUUUUGAUGAAGAAAAAGCAUUAGAGAUUACCAAAAGAAACGAAGCACUUUUAGAAGAGACGCGUGAUACCAUCACAGUUCCAGCCACAUUCAUGAUUAGGAUGUUAGCAUCUCUUAAUCAAAUAAGACGUGGCACGUUUGCAGAAAGGUGGAGAAGCAGACGCCAAGCGCGCCGUCACGAAGAUGACCAGAGUGGCAACGCAGAAGAAAACUGACUUACGUUGUCUUGAAAUACAUUUUAUAUUGUGCACUUAGAGAAGCCAGAUCUUAUAUGUAUGGAAAAUCUGAUAGGAAACAGAGGUGAUCAGUGAAAUUAAUGAAAAUUAUUUAAUUAGGUAUAUUCAGGUAAUAUAUACAGUCUGUGACUUGAUGCCUUGUACAUAGUUAUUUUUUUUACUGUAGUGGUUUUACAAGAACAGUGAUGUUAGUAUUAAAUUAUUUCAGCAUAUAAUGUAUGCACUGAGGAAAUUUUUAGCCAAUGUGCACAUGAAAAUGCUCAUUAUUUAUAAGCUCUUUGACAAUUAUCACUUUAUAUGAGUGUUAGGAGAGUUGCCCACAAACACUGAUGUCAAGAAGUUUGUUGUGAUUUCAUUUGAUGGAAAAAUUGUUUAACGUUACCUAAAUUGAAAUGAGACCAUUUCCCCUUUAACACGUAAGUUGGGUAUACGUACUUUUUGUUGCGUAAAUGGAACUCCCUACCUUUGACACCAGUUUGUAAAAUAAACAGAAAAUUUUGGCUUUUGUAAAAAACAGAACAGUUGCUAAGAAGGGUUGUUCAGACUUUUCAAGCAAAUUUUUUCUUACGGAAUGAUGUGUGUUAUUUUUAUAAUGUAAAGAAUAAAUAAACACAGUUAAUUGCUGAUUUUUUGGUGCAAUGUUCAUAUUGUGGAAAUUCACAGAGUACCCAGGACAGUUAAAAAUUACAGCAGAUGUGUUUAUUAUUCUGCAAGUCAUUACAUUUUGGUUCUGUUUUGAUGAUACUGUUGAUAUUGUUGUUUUGAAUUGUUUUUUACUUUUUGUGAUACCCAAAAGCCGUUUCCCGAUAAACUAGAGAUUAACAUUUGGAAAAAUAUUUGCUGUUCUAAUUCAUCUGUAAAAUUUAAUUGGAAGUCAAUAAACAGAAGUGUA